CGUCUUCUUUUGUAGUUGAGAGCAGUGAGUGAGACAAGCGGAUAAGAGGAUGGGUAGCUAUGCCAGGUUGGCAGAUACUAGGGAUUGUUGGGUCAACAUCGGAUCUUGAUAGCAGUUUAAAACGUCAACGCUGCCCGAGGGCUCUCCAAUAUUGACCUAUGAACAGGCGUUGAUUUUUCACUUAGUUAAAUAAGCAACCGCCCAUCCAUUUUCACUGGACUUGACUAUUGUACCUAUUGUUAACACAUUUUGUUUUAAAGUUACGCCAUUCGGUGAGUAGCUGACAGAACAAGUGGGCUUCUAACAGAUCAAUAAUUGUGUGCUUCAGUGAUUUCAACAAAGAAUUAAAACUCAACAAAGGGAAAGAAACGAAUAAAAGGAAGUGAUCUUACAAAAGUUCUUGAAUGGAAUAACUUUCGUGGGCGAUACACGCACACAUCCAAAUCACUGCGGAAAAAAAAUAAUUUUUAAAAGACAGGAUUCUCAAGAGAACAAGCAAAAAACAAAUAAUUCAGAGACAUAUUUUGAUCAUUUUAUACCAAGAACAAAUUUGUGUGCGAAUUUUAUUUAAUAUAGAAAGUAACUAUUAAGCAUGAAUUUCUAGAUCUACGCGUUAUACCAACGUACAGAUCUAGAGAUUACUGACAGUGGACUUAAGAAAAAGCAAUAAACACAAUCCAGACUUUAGCAGGUCCGGAACACAGCAGAUCUUACACUAUUACCAGAAGCUGACAUCGAAGUGAUUUUCUCCAGUUGUUCGUCUGGUGCAGAAGUUCUUCUACCUCGUCGUUGUUGUUUGCUAUAGACGUUCUUCAGCUUUUUGUUGUGGUCAGUCUCUUGACCAGCAUGCUGGCGUCACUGAAGCUGUCUAUACAAACACUGACCGCACUGACUAUCUUCAAUCUCAUGCUGCUGUUGCCUUCCAGUUUCUCUAUGAACGUCUUCUCCAGACUGACCUCCUUGGACGAUAUCAAUGAGUCCCCGGCCACGCUGGAAGAUAUUCUCAGUCGACACAUUGAAAAAAGAGAAAGCGGCUCAGAUCCCUGGAACAUUUGUCCCUAUGGCAUAUCACAGGUUGCUUGUUUCGACAUGUACUUAGAAGUUUACUCAAGGAUGAGGAAGAUGGUGGCCUCCUCGAACAUGAGACAGAUCAUAGGCAAAAGAUUUGACCCCUCCAAUGAGCCGUGUCCAGACAACAAACUGUGUCUCGAGAUCUAGACAUGAAACGAUUCUUCCAUGACAUUGUUUUGUUUUGUUUCUUUAUUUUUGGAAAGAAAAUGGCCGUUCUAAUGAGAAGAAUGAAGAAAUAAAACAAAGCUGCCAAACUAGUAAA